AUGGAUGUCACAGACGAACUUGCUAGUGACUCGAAAAGCGAGGUGACAGUGGUCGAAAGCGAUAUUAUCUCUCCAUGCACCACGCCACGUGAUAUCAACGAUGCAAGGCAUGAAAAUGACGCAAAGGCUAGGCAAACCACGUCCUGCACGUCAUUGUCCCUACCUCCACACAGUCAGUUCAAUAUGGACAAUAUCCUAGACGAUGCGGAACGUCUUACCUAUGCCAUACGCGACGCCAUCACGGACAUCUACAAAGCGACACUGUUGCUAAGGGAGGAGUAUCCCACUCUCACGGAAGAUUCCCCCCGUAAAGCUGCAUCCCGAGUUGUUGAGAUGCUGGAGCAUUUUGCGGAAAUUAUAAUUGCGCUGCCUGCCGAAGGACGCACCGAGACGGCACUCUUGCUGGUCACCCAUGUGCUCGAGUGUCAUAGAGCCUGGGCCAACUGCAAUUCCCAUGGCGGGUAUCAGGAAAUAGAGCACGGCAGAGCCAUAUACGCUUCACUGACGGAAAAAUGCCGGGCAAUAGCACUUCAAAAAAUACUCGACACCGACUACCCGUUCCCUGCACAGGCUGCGGCUGUUGAUACUAAAACCGUCUGCUUCCACUUGCAAAAAUGCACCGAACUUUGCGGGUGGCCGUUUCAAAUCCCCAAUUUAAUUCAAAUGUGGGUCAGGAUACACAGUGACCUUCUACCGUUCUUCGUUCGAUUCUGCACAGACACACCAAGGUACUCACAUCAUUUCCAAUCUCUUGCGCGCAUACAUGGUCGUUACACCAAGAGUGUGCUUCACGACCUAGAGCAGGAAAGAUGUAAGCAGGAGGAUGGUAAGAAGGAAGUUGGUAAGGAGGAAGUUGGUAAGGAGGAAGAUGGCAAGGCGAGGGGAAAAAAGGUCAGUCGUAAGAGGACAUGGAGGAUAUGGUCUUGA